AUGAGAAAUCGUACAUUGGUGACAACCUUCGUUCUUCUGGGAUUGACAGAUGACCCACAGUGGCAAAUUGUAAUCUUCCUUUUCCUAUUUAUAGCAUAUGUGCUGAGCAUAACUGGAAAUCUUACCAUUAUCCUUCUCACACUGCUGGAUUCCCACCUCAAAACACCCAUGUAUUUCUUCCUUCAGAAGUUUUCAUUUUUAGAAAUCUCGCUGACAUCUACCUGCAUUCCUAGGUUUCUGGUGAGCAUAGUGACCAUGAAUAAAACUAUUUCAGUUGAGGCUUGCUUCACACAGUUAUUUGCUGCCUUUAUCUUUGGAAUAGCGCAGUUUUUCUUGCUGGCUGUCAUGUCCUAUGACCGCUAUGUGGCCAUUUGUAAGCCCCUUCAUUAUACAACCAUCAUGAACAAUAGAGUCUGUAUGUUGCUGUUUGGUAGUUGCUGUUUAAUAGCUUUGUUUCUGGUCUGCCCUGGAGUCAUUGUGAGUCUGAGUUUGGAAUUCUGUGAUAGUAUUAUUGAACACUUUUUUUGUGACUACUCCCCCAUCUUGAAGCUUUCCUGCAAUGAUACAAGGUCCAUGCAACUGCUCAAUUUCAUUUUUGCCAUCAUUACUCUCCUAACUACCUUAGCCCUUGUAAUGGUCUCUUAUGGGAGAAUCUUAAGUACAAUUCUGAAAUUCCCUUCUGCCCAGCAGAAGAAGGCCUUCUCCACCUGUUCCUCACACAUGAUUGUUGUCUUCAUCUCUUAUGGCAGCUGUAUUUUUAUGUACAUCAAACCAUCUGCAGAGGAGAGAAUAUCUUUAAACAAGGGGAUUGCCAUACUCACUCUUGCACUUGCACCUGUACUAAACCCUUUUAUAUAUUCCCUAAGAAAUAAGCAAGUCAAAGAAGCCCUAAAGGACAUCAUUAAAAAAUGUACCAAAGAUACUUCAAAGUAG